AUGGGGGACGGGGUCCCAGACCGCAAUGUGCUCGGCCCCCGCCUCUGGGGUGCCUCCCCCUAGAAAGGGGUUUGGGUCCCAGAAAGUUCUGUCCCCCAGGCGGCUUCCCCAACAACAAGCGGGCCCCUGUGGUAAGGAAAAACCGUCCUGACCUGCUCCCAAAAAAAUGAAGGGAGAAAAAGGGGUUUCCAAAAAGGGCCACCUCGCUUUUAAAACUACAAGGUGUUAAAGAAAACCCCUGACAUUCAUCAAAUGACAAUUGUCCCGGGCCUGGCAUUCUGCUUAAGCCCGUCUUUUUUCUUGGGGCCCUUUCCCAUUUUGCUUUUGAGUUUUGAGCGUCCGCUCCACAAAACCUUUUCCCUGGAUGCCUUGAACUUUACUCCGGCUUUUGGGGGUGGCUGAAAAAUUCAGGGGCUACGGUAGGGAAAAAGUUUUUGAUCCCCUGCUUUAAUUUUGUACUUUUUGCCCCCGGACAAAGACAGGAAGUCUAUAAUUGUAAGGUUAGGUUUUUUAAAACAGUAAAGGCCCGAAAAACAACAAAAAAACCCCCCAAAAAAACCGCAUGUAAAAAAUGUUUAAAUUCUUUGGGUUUUUUAAGGGGAAAAAAUUACCUUGCCCCUGCCCCCCCCCCCCCUUGGGGGGUUUUGGCUUGGCCACGGCGGGGAAGUAUGGAAUCUGUUUGUUGAUUGCUUCUGUGGACCAUUUGUCUUUUAAAACAGGUAACAGCUGAGAUUAGGACCCUUUCCCCUUUUAAAAUGAGUGUGCUCCUAAUCCCCCGCUCUUUCCCUGAAAUAAGAACCUGGGAGCCAGACAUCUUUCUGAUUGAGAGGGGUAAAAUUACUUUUUUCCCUUUUUAAAAAUGCAAAUCAAUUAAAACUUUUUUGGCAUGCUUUUUUUUUUUCUGGAAUUUUUGCUGUUAUUCCUGUUUUCACUGUUCAAAAAAACCUACCAUUAAAAUUUAUGACUGAUCAUUUUUUUUUGUCAGGGGGAAAACUUCAGAAUCCCCGGGGAUCAAAUAUUUUUUUCCCCCUCACUGUAUGUCAGGGCCAAGAAAAUGGCAGAACCCCCUUUUGCAAAACUCAGACCGGUGAUCACCAAAGGGAAACCGCCUACCUCCUCGGGGACCCACUCCCCCAGGGGCCCCCUCCUUUUUAAAACGCAAAAGAUUUGCUUUACAUUUCCCAAAGGUCUUGCAGGAAAUGCCCCCCCUCCGUCCUUUAAAAAAUAAACACAAAUACAGCUUCUGUAAAUUUUGGGGGGGAACACUUUUAUUCCCCUGGAUUCGCCUCCCCCUUAUUUUUAUCAGUUUGGGGCGUGAACUUUCCCUCUCCCCCCCUCUCCACCCCACACACACACACAAAACACGGGGAUCGAAUUUCAUGGAUGAAAUGUUUUUUUCCCCCCACACGGAAAGUUUUUUAAUGAGGCCCCCUCCAAAAAAGGCUGAACAAAAAUUCCUCACUAAACUCACAUCAUGCCUGAAUAGAAUAAAUCACUGAUCUCAUUGGAUUCAAUCUGUGCAUGUGAAAUCUAUGAAAUCACCGACCCAAUUAUCCUAUAUUAGCAAAAGGUGUACAAUAGCACAGCGGGGCCCGUGGCUAAAUUGCAGCACCGAACAUCAGCCAGCUAAAUACAAAACAGUGCAUUUUUCCUGAGGAUACUUUACCAUCCAGCAUGACCCGCAAUCUGUCUGAAAGUACUCCUCCUUGGAAUGGAAUAAGGACAGCAGCUUAGGGGUGUCCUGCAUAAACCUUGCCUCAAGAUGCUUUGCGGUGAGCCUGUGGAAUUGUUCAUUGAUCUGAAAGACAAUAUUGAAAUAUCAUCAAGCAAGGCUCAUAACAAAGAGGUUUGUCAUAGUGAAGACAUCAUUUGGCAUUUUCUUUUUUUGCCUGCCGACUCACCUGAGAGGCUUCUAAACAGAGCAGGCUAUCUGUCUUUCAUGUCUUCAACACUGGGACACUGGUUGAUCACUUCCGGUCUUUUGGCGUGCAAAUGUCUUGGUCAUAUUUCCUGAAAUCACCCUUGUGUGGUCCUUCUUUGCAUGUUACUAAUUCUAUUCUCUGAGCGGCCACAUCUGUUAAAAGAAGAAUCUAGACGACUAAACAUAACCAUUAACCCAUUUUAUCAAGACCCUAUACAACUACAACAAGUGGCUACGAAUUGUGACAAAAUUGAUUAUUUCCAUAGCCAUUACAGCAGCUAGCUUUUAGCUAACGUACGUUAGCAAUCAAGGGCUGACACACGGUUGAUACGCUACUAGCGAGUUCGCGCUAAUACACAUGGGCAGACAAACCUAAAUUAGCUAACGUUAGCUUAGCUUAGAAAGUAACCUAGCUAGCACAAGCGCCCUUAUGUUAGCUAGCUACCUACUAGCUAAAGGUAGUAUGACACAAAAAAGAGGACGAGGAAACGUAGCGUGGGACGCCGUAUUCUCGGCAUAUUCAACAGCAUUUAAAUAAUGCAUUACCUUCAACAGUGUUAUCUUGUGAUCAAGCCAUCAAUGUUAGGUGAUUUUUGGUGGUGUCAAAAUGUUAGCUAACGGGUUAGCAAUUAGCAAGUUUGACAUUUCAGUGGAAAUACUAUUUUCAGCUUUUUGAUGAGCUGUAGUCAAAGGUGAUUUUGGAUUAUUAUAUAUGAUUAUUAUUACGAUAUGUUAUUAUAUUAUUAUUUUCAAGGCUAUAGGGUGCGGUAACAGGCCCUCUGUGAUUUGUUGUUGUACUGUACAUGUCAAGUAUCUGCACUCUAGCCUAAUUCGCCUAACCCGCUAGGGAAAAGUCACUUCCGGUCGUAGCUGUAUCCCACCUAGUCAAAACCUUGUUAGUCCUUAUCCUAAAAGGCACCCUCUGUUCCUCGAUAUACUCCACCGAGGGCCGGCAGCCAGUAAGUACAGGUAAGUGACAAUUAUGGCAACAAUAAGUUGUCCUAUGAAAGCUAGUCACAUCUGAGAUGUUAAACUGCCCUGAAUGAUAAAGUGGCAGUCUGUGCUCUUGGGCCCUUAUGGCAUCAGUGCCCCCUCCAAUUUGUCCCUUUUGAAAUGAACAGUUGAGAUGGGCCCUCUUUCUGUGGCCGUCCUUUGACGACACAUCUGAGGCUAUCCUGCGGGAAUACAAAUUAUCAACAUCAUAACAAUAAUCCCCAUUAUAAGAAGCUUUAUUAUUGGUUUGCAAAGAAAGGUACAAUACAAUAUUGGCACAUCACUAUCACCUCUGUAUGGGUAGGAAAUCAAUCCCUUCAUUGUGUGUGUGUGGGUGUGUGUGUAAAGGUACGCCACUCUCGGCCUCACCGUUUAUGCAUACGGUCGUCUUUAUGCAACAAAAUAGAAGACAUUCCCAAAUGUGCUUACAUCAUAGCGUAAUGUCAGGGAGUCACACAAACAGUGUGUGCUGUUUGGCUGCAACACACAUUAGGCAUAAGGAUGAUGGCAACUAUUUUCUAAAUGCUCCAGCUUGCAGAGGGAUCACCACCCCUCCCAUCCGCACCCCAGGUCCUCUUGGCCCCCUUACUGUCAGGCCAAGUGCUGUCUAUGGAAGAAAGAAGAAGAGCGAUGUUAUUAAUGACAGUCAAUACGACACGUCCUUCCAUAGCUAAACAGACUGAUCCUACUAGUUCAGUGUUUCCCAACUCCAGCGGUAGAGUAGCCUACCCCCAACAGGACCCAUUUUUCUUGUAGGCCUGGACAGCCACAGCUGAUUGAACAACCUGUCACCUAAAUAAUAGAAUCAGGUGCAACAACAACAACAACAACAACAACAACAACAAUAUGAGGAGAGGGACACAGUGUACUAGCUGAUCUCCCAGUUGUCACAGUUUGGCCUUGUGUUCCACAUAGCCUAUAUCAGUAUUUGAGUAUGUUUCCCACGCACGUUAGUUGCUUUCACGUCAUCUUUGAAAUCGCUCCUCCCUAGUCCCCUAGAACGAGCGCCCUCCCCUUUGCAACGCCUCCGAACAUAUAACAGAGGCGCGCUUUCUGUGCCGCCGGCCUCAAUCAGGUCGACCAAACGCAGAUAAUAGCGCAAACCGCGCACCGGCGCUGAAGUCAUUCAUUCACUUGAACUCAACUAGCGAACACACCAUGUACGGAAGAGGCAAAGGCGGGCAAGGGACUCGGAAAAGGAGGCGCCAAGCGUCACCGCAAAGUUCUCUCCGCGAUAACAUCCAGGGAAUCACCAAACCCCACUAUCCGCCGUCUGGCUCGCCGCGGCGGCGUGAAGCGUAUUUCCGGUCUGAAUCUACGAGGAGACCCGCGGUGUCCUGAAGGUGUUCCUGGAGAAUGUGAUCCGUGACGCAGUCACCUACACCGAGCACGCCAAGAGGAAGACCAUUACCGCCAUGGAUGUGGGACGCACCCUGUACGGUUUUGGCGGUUAA